GCGGCGGCGACUAGUAUAGACAACAACACACUUGUUUUGUUGGAAGAACGGAAGAACACCAGAGAAAAACAGAUAAAUCAUGGCUCGUACAAAGCAGACGGCAAGAAAAUCUACUGGUGGUAAGGCACCAAGGAAGCAGCUUGCAACCAAGGCUGCACGCAAAAGUGCACCGUCCACUGGUGGUGUGAAGAAGCCCCAUCGUUACAGGCCAGGAACAGUCGCUCUGCGUGAGAUCCGUCGGUACCAAAAGAGCACAGAGUUGCUGAUCCGCAAAUUGCCAUUCCAGCGUCUAGUCCGUGAAAUCGCGCAAGACUUUAAGACAGAGUUGAGAUUCCAGAGUGCAGCCAUUGGUGCCCUUCAGGAAGCUAGCGAGGCUUAUUUGGUUGGACUCUUUGAAGAUACCAACUUGUGUGCCAUCCAUGCAAAGAGAGUAACAAUCAUGCCCAAGGACAUCCAACUUGCAAGGAGAAUCCGUGGAGAGCGUGCUUAAAGAACUGUUAUUUAAAUACUAAAGAAAUCAUCAGCGUUUUCAUGAAGUAGCACUCACUGCUAUACCAGCAAAGAAAUACGUAGAGUGCUACUUCGUGAAGAUGCUGACGAAAUGCUUCAAUGAAGACUGGUUGCUUUCAAACAUCAUGGCACCAGAUAAACGUUCUGUGAGCAUUAUGUACAUAUGAGACCCCUGUGUAUUUCAAAAAUCUUCGUACCUACAGUGUAUUUUCUGGAACCAACUUUAUACAAGACUACGCUGCUGAUAUUAUAUUGAAAGAGCAAUUGUCUAAUCCCAAUUUGCCGAUACAUCUCCCGUUUUCCCCUCGUUCAUAUUUAACAGAUUUGCAUGCGUUUUUAUCAUUGUUUUGUCUUGAAUGUAUUUGUACCCUUUUUAAAGAAUUGUUGGUUUUUAUCAACAUACAUAGUAAGAACACAGUGUGUAUGGAGGGUGAGAAAUUUCAGACAUUUUCUGAAUUCUUUGUAUCGUGUACAUCAUGAUCAGUGACUAAUAUUAUGUGGAUUGAAAGCAAAAAACCUACCACUGUUCUUAUUUUUUUAAUGUCGGCACACCAGGCCCCUUUUAGGGAAACAUAGUAUUAAUUUGUGCCCCUUUGUUUUGUAAAUAUAAGUUUAAUGUGUCGCUCAUAAUGUCAUGUUUUUCACAAGAUGGAUGCAAUAUUUUUGAUGACCACUUGAGAUUAAACUUAAUUGACAGAAAAACAA